AUGCUAGCUGAUCAAAUACAGUAUUCUGAAAAAUAUUUUGAUGCCGUCUAUGAAUACAGACAUGUUAUAUUACCACCAGAUCUAACCAAACUUGUCCCCAAAUCACAUUUGAUGACUGAAACGGAAUGGCGUAAUUUAGGGGUGCAACAAAGUCCUGGUUGGGUACACUAUAUGAUGCAUGCACCUGAACCGCACGUCAUUCUAUUCCGUCGACCACGCACUGAUUUACUUGCUACCGAUACGAUUACGGCCACUUCCAAUGUGACACCGAACGUGCCCGAAUCCCAAGCCAAUUCGAAUAGCAAUGUGCCCGUUCAGGGUUAAGAAAUGUUUUACUUAUACCUCACCUUUGAAGUACGCACCGUAUCCUGUAUAUUUUCGUGUUAAUGAAGUUUCAUUUACGUUAUUUUUUGGCUAUUUACGGAUCAAAUGGACUCUAGAGAAAAUCCGUUAUAUGCUAAAAACAAAUCAUAUCCUUAUGUUGUUCUUUUAUGUAAAUAAAUUAGUUUAAACAAAUGCAAUAGAUGCAUUAAAAUUAUCAAAGGACCAAGGUCCUUACUUUUGCUUUUUUUUUUUUU